GGGUGCUGAUGUCAGGCCAGCGCGGGUGAGGCGGGUGCGGCGGCCGCCCAGCAGCCCGGGCGCGAGUGGGGGGGCGCCGAGUGGGGGUGGCGGCCAGCAUGCUGCUCGGCUGCGGCUCGGCCUCCCACACCCGCGGCGCCCGCGUCCUCGCCAGCAGCGCUGGCGGCCGAUCGGCGAGCGGCACCCGCGUCUGCAGCGGCUCCGGGUCCGAGCGCGCGGCGCGGGGCGGCGGCGGCGGCGGCGGCGGCGGGGGUCCGGGCCCGGACGGGGACCCGGGGAGCCGGGCACCCGGCAUGGCGCUGCGGAGAAGCGGCGGGGCUUUGGGACUGCUGCUGCUGAGCGCCGCGUGCCUCAUCCCGCCCAGCGCGCAGGUGAGGCGGUUGGCGCGCUGCCCCGCCACUUGCAGCUGUACCAAGGAGUCCAUCAUCUGCGUGGGCUCCUCCUGGGUGCCCAGGAUCGUGCCUGGCGACAUCAGCUCCCUGAGCCUAGUGAACGGGACAUUUUUGGAAAUCAAGGACCGCAUGUUUUCCCAUCUGCCUUCCCUGCAGCUGCUAUUGCUGAACUCUAACUCAUUCACGGUGAUCCGGGAUGAUGCCUUUGCUGGCCUUUUUCAUCUCGAAUACCUGUUCAUUGAAGGGAACAAAAUAGAAACCAUUUCAAGAAAUGCCUUUCGGGGCCUCCGGGACCUGACUCACCUUUCUUUGGCCAACAACCACAUUAAAGCACUUCCAAGGGAUGUCUUCAGUGAUCUAGAUUCUCUGAUUGAACUAGACCUAAGAGGUAAUAAAUUUGAAUGUGACUGCAAAGCCAAAUGGCUGUACCUAUGGCUGAAGAUGACCAAUUCCACUGUGUCUGAUGUGCUCUGCAUCGGUCCACCAGAAUACCAAGAGAAGAAGCUCAACGAUGUGGCCAGCUUUGACUAUGAGUGUACCACAACAGAUUUCGUCGUUCAUCAGACUCUGCCGUACCAGUCAGUGUCGGUAGACACGUUCAACUCCAAGAACGAUGUGUACGUGGCCAUCGCUCAGCCCAGCAUGGAGAACUGCAUGGUGCUGGAAUGGGACCACAUAGAAAUGAAUUUCCGGAGUUACGACAACAUCACAGGCCAGUCCAUCGUGGGCUGCAAGGCCAUUCUCAUCGAUGACCAGGUCUUUGUGGUGGUGGCGCAGCUCUUCGGCGGCUCUCAUAUUUACAGAUAUGACGAGAGCUGGACCAAGUUCGUCAAAUUCCAAGACAUAGAAGUGUCUCGGAUUUCCAAGCCUAAUGACAUCGAGCUGUUUGAGAUCGACGACGAGACAUUCUUCAUCAUUGCUGACAGUUCAAAAGCGGGGCUGUCCACGGUUUACAAGUGGAACAGCAAAGGGUUCUACUCAUACCAGUCUCUGCACGAGUGGUUCAGGGACACGGAUGCAGAGUUUGUUGACAUUGACGGGAAGUCGCACCUCAUCCUGUCUAGCCGCUCUCAGGUCCCCAUCAUCCUGCAGUGGAACAAGAGCUCAAAGAAGUUCGUCCCCCACGGUGACAUCCCCAACAUGGAGGAUGUGCUGGCUGUGAAGAGCUUCCGAAUGCAGAACGCCCUCUACCUCUCCCUCACCCGCUUCAUCGGGGACUCGCGGGUCAUGCGCUGGAACAGUAAGCAGUUUGUGGAGGUCCAGGCUCUUCCCUCCCGGGGGGCCAUGACCUUGCAGCCCUUCUCCUUCAAAGAUAACCACUACCUGGCCCUGGGGAGCGACUACACAUUCUCACAGAUAUACCAGUGGGAUAAAGAGAAACAGCAGUUUAAAAAGUUUAAAGAAAUCUAUGUGCAGGCUCCCCGGUCCUUCACCGCGGUCUCCACCGACAGGAGAGAUUUCUUUUUUGCAUCCAGUUUCAAAGGGAAGACAAAGAUUUUUGAACAUAUCAUUGUUGAUUUAAGUUUGUGAAGGUGUGAUUGGGGGGAUUUCAAAGGUGUGUAGUGUUAGCUCUCAGAAGAGAGAGAGGACCAAGAAGAAAUAAAAGUAAAAAAAAAAAAAUCAUAAAAAUAAGCCAGGCACAGAGCUCUGAAAUUAAAAUUCACAAUGCACAGGGGAAAUAGUUAGACAUUUUCAGACUUUUAGGAUUCACAUUUUAACCAGGGAUUGCAUUUCUAUUUUUUUUUUUUUUUUUUUUUGGCUGAUUGCAUGACAGGCCCAUGCUGCUAUUUAAAAAUGACAUCUUAAAGCCUGUAAUUUCUGAGAAAAGAAUGCAACAUCUCUACCAUCUAGAAAGCAAUGUACUUCUACUUUAUUUCCAAUAAGGAAGGAUAAGAUGGAGCAAGAUGGGCCAGCCCUUUUAGUGAGAUUAAGAAAUAAAGACAGAAAGCCCCUACCCUGCUAAUCACCACUCCCCUCCCCUGCGCCUUUCUCGUCUCAUCUUAGCAGUCUUUCAGCUAAGAACUCUUAAAGCCAAAGUGAGCUGAAAAGAUUUGCUGAUCAUCCAUUUGAAAAAUCUUACAACACUCCACAGUGCUAUUUUGAGCCAUCCUAGUUUCCUGAAAGUCAUGGCCAGUCUUCCAGAAUCUUCCUUGGGACCUUGGCUCUGCCCUCAUGUGGACUGAUCUCCCUCAAGAGUGUAUUCACAGCUUAACGUUUGACAUUGCUUCCUCUGCCACAGAGCAAAUAUUCUGGUGACACAUGUCUAGGCCAGCAAGGGCUGUGGGCCCAAGAUAAAGGGGUUUCCCCACCCCACCCCUUUUGUGAUUUAAAGGUGACCUCUGAGGUGGCUGAGCAAUCAUGAGUGUUUGAUGUUCUCUGUUCCUCACUUGUGUCUGUGAACCCAUCCUUUUAGUUUGUGGGUAACUGGCAGACGGGCCAAAGGCUGAAUGGUGCUUUUCAUCUGUCCCUUAGAGGGAUCGAACAGGUGUCCCUACCUCCUGAGCGUUGAGUAGGGCUUUUGAAGUGAGAUUUACGGAGUCAGAGGGGACCUUACUCAGAUCUCCAUGUGCUUUGAGACCCAGAGGGGGUCCUUUGAUUGAUGCAUGUCUUUGCCCUCCAGACAACUUAAUAUUUCAAGUCAUUGAUUGAAUAGGAGCCUGUCUACCUGCCCACCUGCCUCCCUUCCUCCUGAAACAGUCCUUUAUUGAGUUGUAGGUAUUGCGGUGGCUGACUUGUGGAGCCCUGCUGAAGUUUCUGCACGUACAAAAGUCAAAAUCACAGCUUGGGUGCUGUCGACGGGGACACGGCUUCCUCUUCCAGCGCUCUACCAAGAGGUAGCAUGGCUGUGUGCCAGCGGUGAGGCAGCCUGUGGUGCAUCAGGAGAGGCCGGCUGGAGCCAGCUGGACUUAAUCUUACAGAUCAGGUCUGUGCGUGGGACCAGGUAGCCUAUUUCAAAAUAGGCCUCCAGUGGGGCCAGCAGGGAGCUCUUGGGGUAUGAUUUUGUAGAUGGCUCCACAGUGGAUAUUCUGGCUCUCUUUGAGAAGAGGAAGCUGCUGCUUUAGGGGCGCGCUUUGCAGGGUGUCCCAUUUGAGUGCAGUGUGGAGUUUUGAGGGUCCUCUCCACACUGUGUAGGUAGAGGGACUGUCAAAAACGUGGAUGCCGGCCUGGUGUUUCCUGACUGUAAGCAGCAGGGAAUGAUCAACGUGCCGCACUAUACACUCCUGGCUGAUGCUUCCAGCCUAGGGGACCAAGGACUUUAAUGAACUCUGUCACUCAUAUAGUCUGUGGUGUGGCUGCUUAAAACCGGUGCUAAAUGCCAAGCAAAUGGAGUGAUCCCUUUUAAUUUUCUAAGCAUAAGUUACCCUUUCUUUGCAUUCUUUUGUUUCUUGGUUCAUUUGAAUGGACCACGAGUUCCCAGCUCUACACGUUGAUGGCUAAUGUUUCUGCUAUUCCUUCCCCUGAAGAAUUGGUGAGCCGUGCUCCCUCAUGCAUGGGUCCCCCAGACAGGCUGGCAGCACUGAUGUCAGGGAGAAAUGACACUCUUGCUUCCUGCUGCUUGUAGAGGAACCCAUAGGAACAUCUCUCAGAGUGCCACCUCCAAGGAGCCUUGCACCAGCUGCUCUAUGUUCCCCCACAGACUGAAGUCAGGGACUUCCCAUGGUCAUUGCUUAGAGUUUGGAAAGGCAAGAUAUACAGGAUCUGACCUUGGGAUACGGAGGGAGGGGGUUGUUACACCCAGAUGAAGCAUUUGAGGAGCAAAAAAAGACUCCGAGUAGGUGGUGGGACUGGGGUACAAGAGGACUGCCAUUUCUCUCUGCUGCAGUCAAGCUGUCUUUUCCUUCUAAAACACGUUUACACAAGAAUGGAGUGUGCAGUCUUCUGAGUGCUGUGCUAUGGGAGGAGGUAUCUGUUCUGGCCAGAUUCGUGAAGGAGCAUGGAUGUUCUUGGCAUCAGGCGGGGAGUUUUGCUUCAUUAAUCUUACUGCUCUCUCCCAAGAAUCCCUGAUGUUUUAAGCAAUUUCUGCAAAAUGCUUUCUCCCAGUAAUAAUGUAAAAUAACAAAACCCACCCACACAAUCAUGAUAAAAGCCCAAGGCAGAGAAAUACAUAGGAUGGUCCAGCUAUGUUCCUUCUGUUCCUUCUCUCCCUCCCUCCCUUUUUUCUUCCUCUCUCCCUUUUUCUUUUUUUCCCCAACACACAUCCACUAUUAUCUCAGCUUGUCCUUUGUCCAUCUCAGCAGCUGGGUCCUAAGCUGAUUCCUCCAAUCAGCCAUGUGGCUUUAAGGCCAUAACCUGAAAGCAAGGGUUAGUCCUCAGACUCUGUAGGAUUUGUAGUAGAACUCUAUAAACACUAAAAAUAAACCCUAAGGCCAUCAAGCAUUUUGUUCUUGGGCCAUGGAUGCGAUCAGCUCACAUCCUGGAAGCUUUUAUUCCUGCCUGUGUGUCUGUGUUCCCCUUGUGUGUCAUGUGUAGCUCUCUGGUUUACAGAGGGCAGGUGUUAUUCUAAUCUCAUAGAGAAAGAAAUAGGCACAGAACCCAAGUGGAUGGCAAGGCUAGAACUUUCCCUUGGACAGCAGGUGCUGCAUUUUCUCUCUCUAAUGCUCUGCUGUGCUCACCCAAAGACAGACUCUGUUAUGUUACCAUGACAGUGAAAACAGCAAUUCAUAUAGAUUAAGUAAAAGUACAAGCAGAAUGAAGAGCCAAGAGGAGAGUCAUACCCAACAGACACCAUUCAAUCAUCAGUGCCAUUGAGCAAUUAAUAAGCACCCCAGAACUGUGUGACAUGCCUAGCUGAGCUUGAGAAAGCCUUGCAGAAAUGUUGAUAGCUUCAGUUGUCUAGAGAGGAUUUCUAACAGGCAUGGCUGUAUCUCCUCCAAUAUAGCCAUGGGAGGAAAGCCGAGGCUGGACACAUCUGGUUCUUGUCACAAUGUCCACCGGAUAAGAUGAGUUCUGGGAGAGAGAAAUUAAAAACCCAAAUGCAAGAGCAAUGAUGAAUUGCUCUGGGGCCCUCUUCGGUCUUCUGGGAGCUCACAGAAAGCGAGUGCUGUAUCUCUCUUCCCAUGGAAUGAGGCUGCAUGUUUUUAGGAAGGAAAUCAGUGUGAGAUGCUGCAAGUUGAGCUGCCAGGAGUGUUCGUGAUGGAAAUUUCUCUGGCUGGGGGAGCUCCAUUGGAACCAGACAAAGUUAUGUGGGAGAGCCUCCUUUUGCAUGCCUCCUAAAAGAAGCCUCUAGCCAGCUUCCCCGUGCUUCUGCAGAAAGACUCCCUCCUCGUCUGAAACCUUGAAAGGUUAUUUCAUUAGGCAGUGCUGAGGGUUUUGUGCCACAGUGCGCUAGAGCGGGAUCAGCAGUCUAGCAGCAGGUGCAGUGGGCAAGGUGGUUCAUAUCUGGGCCAGCAUGGAAAAUGGGGAGAAAUGCGGGGCAGUGGCUGCAGAGUAGGAAUAAGCUUGAAAGACAAGGGUGAUCAUAAUUUUCUGUUGCCUUAGCAGAAGGUAGAAUGACCAGGCAAAUCAACAGCAUGCCAAUAAUUGAACAGCGUCCAUUGUGAUGCUGAUUCAGAUAAUGAUAUCAUCGGGCCCUGGGCUCUCAGCUGAGGCACUGUGCUCCUUCACCCUGUCUCAUUGCUUGUGCCAGAAGCCACCUUUUUCUAGUGGGAAACUAUGCAUUCCCUAUCCAAGCCCUUGACUAUCAGGAAUGUAUGAGAACUGUGAUAAAAUAGGCCAAUAUGCCAUUUGGUACUGUUUUUAUGUAUUUUAAAUGUACAACUUAGGUGAAAUAAUACUUUAUAUGUAUAUGAAAGUAAGUUUUACAGGGGGCGGACAAUGAUGGAUGUGUUUUAAAGCUGUAGAUAUACUUAGCUCUUUUUGGAAAAUAGAUUCAAUACAUGAUAUGCCUCUUAAUUCUGUAUAUUCUGUAAUCCUGUGAAUAAAAAGUAGCAAAUGCCCAA